UCAAACUCUAUUCUCAAGUAUAACCUACGAAACAAAACACAACAGUGCCGUCGUCUUCUUCACAGCGAAUUUAGUUCAACCUCCUUCACCUGCGACCGGCGACCGGCGACACGCCAAACGCUUCUCCUUGCCGGUAGCCAUUCCAUCAACUGCCGGCGCCGCGAACUCACUACAUCCGCCGCCGCUGUCACCGCGCAACCCAUUCAUUCCGCCGCCGCCGCUGUUGUUGCGCAAUUCGCUCCUUCCGCCGCCGCGCAAUUCUGUCUGUUUCUCCAGUUUAAUUGUAGAGUUGGGCACCAUGAAACGGAAGGAGCGUUGGUGGAUGUAUGAUAGAUAUGACAAUGGGCGUAACUUGAGGCCCGAGUUCUUGAGGGGGGUUGAUGAAUUCAUUGAAUUUUGCAAAGCAAAUCCUGAAAGCCCAGGGUUGGAUGAAGUUAGAUGCCCGUGUCCGAAAUGCAAGAACAGACGUAUGCAUGACGCAGACACGGUUAAAGUGCAUGUGUAUAAAAAGGGAUUCAUACCUGAUUACUACGAUUGGUAUUCUCAUGGUGAAGAGCUCCCUCGAUCCGCACAUGAGCCAUCUAAUCCAUACCGUGAAAUGAUUUUCGAUGCUCUUGGGAAUAACUCAGAACCGUCCAAUGUUGAAGAGCCUAGUGGAAUGGACGAGGAGCCUAAUCCUCAAGCAAAAGUGUUCCUUGACCUAUUAAAGGCUUCUGAGGAACCAUUGUACGAAGGGAGCUCCAUGUCUGUGUUGGAAAUGGCAUCUAGAAUUGUAUCUCUGAAGUGUGAGUACAAUUUGCCACAUAGGUGUGUUGAUGCGUUUGCUUCAUUAGUGAAAGAAGCAAUACCUAACAACAACAACAUGAGUAACACAUUUUACGAUACGAAGAAGAUUUUGGAGGGAUUAGAGCUUCCCCACGAGAGGAUUCAUGCGUGCCCCAAAGGUUGUAUGUUAUUUUGGAGAACUGAUGCACACUUGGACAGAUGUACAGUGUGCGAUAGCGACAGAUACAAAAGGACUUCUAAGGGGUCUUUAGUUCCAAUGAAAGUUCUGAUUUAUUUCCCAAUCACACCGAGAUUGCAAAGGUUGUAUGCAACAAAAAAUGUUGCUGAAGAAAUGACAUGGCAUGCCAAAAAUCCAAGAGCCGAAGACAAAAUGGCUCACCCUAGCGACAGUGAAGCUUGGAAGCAUUUGGAUAGAUCCUUUGACGAAUUUGCAUCUGAGCCUAGGAAUGUUCGGCUCGGUUUGUGUACCGAUGGGUUUGGUCCACAUGGAAAGUUUGGGGGUCAGUAUUCAUGUUGGCCGGUCAUCUUAACCCCGUACAACUUGCCGCCAUCGAUGUGCAUGAAGAAACCCUUCAUGUUCCUUAUCGUUGCUCGUUCCUGGUCCUAA